AAAGCUGUAACUUUAAGCUUCUGACAUCUUCAGGACAGAGGAGUUUACACUUUGCAGUUUCUCUGUAACAUGACAAGAGUUUUUGUCUUAUUAAAUUCAAGAAAGAGAAAAAAAGAGGCUGGUGAGGGAAAGACUGUUUAUAGCUGCUAUAACAUAAGAACAUAUGUUUUGUGGAUGUUCCACAACAUUAAAUUUAACUAUAAAUGGAUAAAAACGUAUGAUGGGUCAUUCUUUAAUCAAUAAAAAAAUGUACUAAAUAACUUUGACUUGGUAACAGUAAUUCUGCUUCAUCACACCACCCCAUGUUUGAUGAUUUUCCUAUAACAGCAUGACACAGAGUAAUAUAUUCCUUAUUUAUCAGUGGCACAUCUAUUAUGGUAAGAUGUCAUAUGUGUUCUAUAUUAGCUUUUUACUUCCUUAGCGUAAAGCAAUUAAAUCCUAUACGAGUUAUAUUGUUUACAGAUCAUUCAUCAGGAAACUUUCAUGAGUGAUUACAUAAUGGUUUGGCUCUCAUCCUGGUGGGAAAGUGGAUACCUUCUUAAAAAAACCUUGCUGGUUCCCUGAACAAUCUUUGCUAUCUCAAAGAGUGAUCCAUCAAUUUUCUGACCACUUCUCUGAAGUAAACACAAAUGCAGACGCAAGCAUGUACUCUUUCAAUGCUUCCUUUUGCAUCUAUUCGUCUAUCAAGUUUGCAGUACUUGUGUUACCAAUUAGCAGACAGAUGGGUUAUAUUAGAAAUACUUUGAGGAUUCAAGAGGAUUAUGGUCCACACUGCUGGGUGUGCUAAGAACAGAGCGAGAAUGUCAACUGUAGCCCUCUUAUUUGAGUUUCUGACGCCCUUCAUGUUGCAUCCCUGGCCUGUCUGUGCCAGGGACUAUUUAGGGACGAUGACGGAAUAAAAUCAUAAGGCCAGGGUAAGGGCUCUGGAAUAGAACUACACACACAUAACAUGAGAAUGGCAUUCCAGCUCAACAGCAAACAUGGCCAUCAAUUAGCCACACACUUCUAUUAGUUUAGGCAAGUCAAUGUCUUGUUUACCUCUCUUCUCGUUCUUUGUUUGUCUUUUCAUCUCUAUCACUCUACUCUCACUCUUUCUAUCUCUCCCCUUCUGCCAUGCCUCUCUCUGGCUGAGUCCUCGUCUGUCUCUGAUCUGCCACGUGUUUCUAUUCUUGUCACUGAGAUGAUGCGGAAUGGGGUUUGGGCACUAAUGGCAACAGACGGAAAUAUGGUGUUGACUUUUAUUUACUUAGAGAAAAAUUCACAUGGGGAAAUCACAACAAACAACUACCCUCAUCAUUAAUACUCCCAGAAUGACUGCAGGAAAAGGGCACUGCAAUGAGGGAGUAAAGUUGCAUGCUUCUGUUCUUUUCCCAUGUGACCCAAAAUGCCUUGCUGUUACCCCUCGUUCUGUUUGUACUAGGACUACCAGCAUUCCUCUCCCAGAAAAACAGGGGGAGGAUCAUAGGUUGGUUGUCUGUCCAGACUCGUAAUCCUGAAGUGUUUGGGGGCCGUCCACUGGCUGAAAAAGAGAUCCAUCCUAUUGGCAUGUUUAUCUGCAGCAGCAAUGAGCUACACCAUCCCAGUAGCUGCCCUUAUGAAGAGCAACACUCACUUCACUCAAUUUGUGCCAGUCAAGGGGACUACUAACUUCCUCUCUCUUCCCCCAUUUCCCUUCCUGUCUUCCCUUUGCUUUAACUUUCUCUUAAUUUUCUUAAUCUUCUCUGUUAGUAAUGAGUUACUUUCUUAUGCUCAGCAAGUCUCAUGGCGAAGGGCUGCUCUCUCGAUACCAGAGCUUGCGGCAAGAUGGUCGAAUGUGCGACAUCAUUUUGGAAGCUCAAGGCAAGGAGUUCCCAGCUCACCGCACCUUGUUAGCCUGCUCCAGUGACUACUUUUGGUCACUAUUCCAAGAGCACACUUUGGAGUCAAGGGCUCGGACUGUCAGUCUACCAGCCGUGUCCUCAACUGGCCUGGAACUGGUCCUGGACUUCAUCUACACCUCAUGGAUCUCAUUAUCUCCCUCCACUUUGGAGGACACACUGCAAGCUUCCUGCUACCUUCAGGUUACCCAUGCUUUGGAUCUCUGCACUGAAUACAUCUCAAACAGCCUCACUCUGGAUAACUGCUGCUUUUUUGCCAAUGUGGCUGCCCGUUACAGCCUCUCUGAUGCACUUGCUGUCACCAGUCGUUUUAUUGCAAGGCACAUGGCAGGACUCCUGGGUGCCAGUGGUGACAGAUCUGGGCUGCUAGAGCUAAACCUUGACUCUUUUCGAGAGGUGUUGGGAUCAGAUGAGAUGCCAGGGGUAAAGGAGACAGCACUGCUCCAGCUAGCUCUGGACUGGUUGUCCUGCAACCCUUUACCUGCCUUGGAAAGUAACUCUUUACUCAGUCGUGUUCGAUUUGGCCUGGUGCCUCCAGAAGAUCUGAACCAUAUGAGUUCCCUCAACCUACCCCUACGCACUCCUUUCAUUCACAGCUUGGUACAGAAAGCCCUGCAUUACCACAUGCAAGUUCCCCUCCAGCCACUAAUCCAGAAUGUCCAUACAAGUUUGAGAGCCACAACCAACAUGGUACUCCUGGUAGGAGGAGGCGCUGAAGCAGAACGACCACAGACCCAAAUCCAGAGCUACAAUCAAGAGAGCAGGAAGUUCCAUGUGCUGCCCAUUAACAUGGUAAAGAAGCUCCAGUAUCAAGGAGUUUGUGUGGUGGGAAACUUCCUCUUUGUGCUUGGAGGAGAGGUUGUAGAGGUGGAUGGGGAGAGUGAGAAGACAGCAGUGAUGACGGUGUCUGACCAAGUGUGGCGCUAUGACCCUCGGUUUGAACGCUGGGAGGAGAUGGAGCCACUCUUACAAAAAAGGGCACAGUUCUCCUGCUGUGUGGUGGAGGGUGUAAUCUAUGCCAUAGGAGGACGAGGCCAGAGAGGAGAGCCUACGCUGUCCUCUGUGGAAAGAUACAACAUGAGUGCAGGGUGCUGGCGUAGUGGCGUGUCCUUGCCCCACGCUAUCCAUGGACAAGCUUGUGCCACCAUCGGCAGAGGUAUCUACAUUUCUGGCGGCAUCCAUGGCAGCCAGCCUGAGAGUAGCAAGGAAGUGUUAUUUCUUAACACCUCUGAUGAUGAUGUCUGGAUAAGACGUUCUUCUAUGUCUAUUGCUAGAUUUGGCCAUCAGAUGGCAGCCAUAAAGGAAAAACUCUAUGCAUUCUUAGGGAUGUAUGAACCAUUUUGUGACAUCGAGUGCUAUGACCCUAAACAAAAUCAGUGGACCCGACUGAAACCUCUUCUGCAAGACCGCUUCUGCUAUGGUUUGACAGUCACACCAGGCGGAUGCGCAUUGAUGUUUGGAGGUAGAAAGUGGCAAGAUGGACAGGAAGUGUGCAUUCAUGAUGUCCUGGAGUACAACCCUGAAUAUGACAGCUGGAGGAAAGUGUGUAAGCUGCCACAUCCAUUAUGUGGGACGCAAUGUGCUCAGAUGAGUCUCCAAGAACUUAUAGAGAGAUAGGUACCCCCCAAAAUCCUCCAACUUCCAUAUACACGCAGAGAACUUCCACAGCCUGAGUAGAAAAGGAGAAGAUUGUUCAGUCAGUGCAUACUUGGUAGCCUUGUAGAGGGUAAAUCUCACUGAUCUAUGCAGGCAGAAUGGAUUUUGACCUUCAGGACAGUGAAUCAGAAGAAUCUUGGCACUGGAGGCACUGUAUUGCAAAGGAUAAACAAAGCAUGACAGCAAUGGGAGGUCAUACUGACAGCGCAAAAAAGACAAGAGCUCCGGGAGUUCUGGGGUUGUCCUAUUUCCAGAAAAUAAGAUUGCAUGGAAAGAAACGGACACGGAUCGAACACCGUGUGAAAUAACACAGUGUAAAAUAAGGACUGUCUAAAGCAGGUGCAUAUACAGGAUAUUUGGCAAUGGAUACAGAUAAGGCAGAAAGUAUGAAUAUUUUCAUAUGAAAAAUAUGAAAAUUUAUGCCAGAACCGUCAGAGAAGGGGGCUUAGGUAGAUAAAAGGACAUCAGAACAAAAGGAACAGAAUAGAUACAUGAAAAAAAGGUUGAAGCAUAAAAUAGUAUUGAGAACAAGGUAUUUAAAAGCACUUUAAGUUAAUUAAAGGUCUCUGAGUGUGUGUGGGAUGAAAAUGAGAGGGGGGAAAUAGAUUUAGUUCUCUCAAAUACAAAACACGGGUCAAAACUCAACAACUGCCUGGGCGUAGAGCGCUUUCCACUCUUCUCCAUGACCUAAGUAAUUAAAAUUCACCAGAAAAUGUUAAGUAUGAUAUGUUGCAUAUCUUGCAUGUGUCAUUUAUUUGAGUCAUGUAAUAAAAAGCAUCUUCCUGGAGCAAAAUUAGUCUAGCAUACAGAACUUAAUGAAAGCUAUUCAGAGGUACACUAGGAAAGAGCCUGAAUAAACGCGGGGAGCGUGAGAUCGUCCCUGGAGCUUGCAAGUCAUUUAGCGCAAUUCAUUUUUGCUUUGUCGUAAUGAGCUUAAAAUAAAUGAAAUGAUUAAUGAGUGGUGUUAAAAGCGAAAGGCAUGAACUCGAGAGAAAGAGCGCAAGGAUGUGGUAAUUAACACAAAGGAGAAAGACUAGGGAUGUCUGUAUGCUAGGAUAUAGCAGAUUAGCACCAGGUGGCCUGAGAGAGAAAGGGUGCAUGUAAAGAAAGCAGAAAAACCUUCAUGGUAGCUUGGAGAGAGGCAGAUAGGCAAGAAGGGUAAAAUAAACACCCCGUUAGAUCUGGAUCUUGGAUGGAGGUAGACGGAUUGCCAGUUCUUUCAUUUCCUAAUACUUUAGCUGAGCCUGUGAAGCCUGGAACUCCACUAGCUUAGCUCAGCAAAAGCAUCUGGUUGUUUUCUACAAGUUAUACUACAAAGACAAUAAGUCAGGAAUAGACCACUGUGUGUCAUGCUGUUAUAGGAAAACAAUGUGUGUAAUGAAACCACCCUGAAGUUGAUUAGUUUCCUAUAACAGCACGUCUCUGAGUGUUUUAUUUUGUCCUAAUACCACAGCAAUUACAAUUUUUCUUUAUUUAUUAAUGUUUUUAACUGUUUAUAGUUACAUUUAAUGUUGUGUCAGUUUCUCUUACAUUAUCACAGCUAUAAACAGUCAUCCUCUAUAAAAAAAAAAACCAUAAGUGAUAACAGGAAUCUACAAAUCAUUUAAUGUAACUAUGAAUGGAUAAAAAGUAUGAUGUGUCAUUUGUUAAUAAAUAGAAAAUUUGCUGUCACAUUCCUGUGGUAUAAGAAGAAUAAAACUCUCAGAGACGUGCUGCUAUAGAAAAACAAUCAACUUGAUUGUAGUAGUAGUAACUCCGCUUCAUCACACCACCCUGUUGUUGAUUAGUUUCCUAUAACAGCACCACACACGCACGGUUUCUUUCCUUACAACAACAAGGAGUCCCAGAGCUAGGUAAAGCAUGAGUAUAGGAAGACCACAGUUUCAUGAGCAAAGU